AGAUAAGAUAAGCGCGUGUGACAAUAUUGUUGUGUUUUCCAUGUUAGCACAAGUGUUUUUUUUAAGCUAGAAACAAUGCAAUAUUAUUAAAAAUACUAUCGCUAAAUCGAAUACUCUCGCGUGUUAUCCCUAACUGGGUAGGCAGAGGUGCGUUUCUGCGCCAAUUGUUAUAUUUAAUUAGGUAAAGUUGAGUGCUAGAAUGGGCAGCGCUCAGUCAUACCCCGGUUUAACGGAAGAACUGCUGGAAGAGUAUGCUUCACUGACAUACUUGAGCAAAGGAGAAAUACUAUAUCUUAUGAAGAAAUUCUACUCGAUGAGCCCUGAAAAAAUUGAUGCAGACUUCCAUCACAGAUUUCACAAGGACGAAAUACUUGCAAAGUUUCCAGUUUUACGGAACAAUCCCUUUCAUGACCGACUCUUCAGGGUGUUCUCAUCACAACGAGACAACUGCUUCUCAUUCGAGGACAUGGUGGACCUCUGCUCCGCCAUGAGCGCAGAAUGUCCACACGAAGUGAAAGCUAACUGGGCUUUCAAAAUCUUUGAUUUGGAUGAAGACAAUCAAAUAUCCGACAUGGACAUCUCGGACAUCAUCGACCGGUUGACCUGGGACCCCAGCAGCCCCCAGAAUGUCCUCGACAAACAGUCCAAGAAAAAGAUUGCAGAUGUUAUACUAAAGGAGAUCAAACUAGAUGGCACUAGUAGUAUUGGCAUCAACGAGUUUCAAAUAAUGUUGACCAAAAUACCAGAGUUUAGAACGGCUUUCUACUUCCGAUUAUAAAUAAAAACUUUUUAGUAUUACCA